AUGAGACUCCCCAAACUCCUCACUUUCUUGCUUUGGCACCUGGCUUGGCUGGACCUGGAAUUCAUCUGCACUGUGUUGGGUGCCCCUGACUUGGGCCAGAGACCCCAGGGGGCCAGGUCGGGAUUGGCCAAAGCAGAAGCCAAGGAGAGGCCCCCUCUGGCCCGGAACAUCUUCAGGCCAGGGGGUCACAACUAUGGUGGGGGGGCCACCAAUGCCAGGGCAAAGGGGGGCACUGGGCAGACAGGAGGCCUGACACAGCCUAAGAAGGAUGAACCUAAAAAGCUGCCCCCCAGAUCGGGUGGGCCUGAACCCAAGCCAGGACACCCUCCCCACACCAGGCAGGCUGCAACGCGGACUGUGACCGCAAAAGGACAGCUUCCUGGGGGUAAGGCAUCCCCAAAGGCAGGAUCUGUCCCCAACCCCUUCCUGCUGAAGAAGGCCAGGGAGCCUGGGCCCCCUCGAGAGCCUAAGGAGCCGUUCCGCCCGCCCCCCAUCACGCCCCACGAGUACAUGCUCUCGCUGUACAGGACACUGUCUGAUGCUGACAGAAAGGGAGGCAACAGCAGCGUGAAGUUGGAGGCAGGCCUGGCCAACACCAUCACCAGCUUUAUUGACAAAGGGCAAGAUGACCGAGGUCCUGUGGUCAGGAAGCAGAGGUACGUGUUUGACAUUAGUGCCCUGGAGAAGGAUGGGCUACUAGGGGCUGAGCUGCGGAUCUUACGGAAGAAGCCUUCGGACACAGCCAAGCCAGUGGCCCCUGGCAGUGGACGGGCUGCCCAGUUGAAGCUAUCCAGUUGCCCCAGCGGUCGGCAACCAGCAGCCCUUCUGGAUGUGCGCUCUGUGCCAGGCCUGGAUGGAUCUGGCUGGGAGGUGUUUGACAUCUGGAAACUCUUCCGAAACUUUAAGAACUCAGCCCAGCUGUGCCUGGAGCUGGAGGCCUGGGAACGGGGCCGGGCCAUGGACCUUCGUGGCCUGGGCUUUGACCGGGCUUCCCGGCAGGUCCAUGAGAAGGCCCUGUUCCUGGUGUUUGGCCGCACCAAGAAACGGGACCUGUUCUUUAAUGAGAUCAAGGCCCGCUCCGGCCAGGAUGAUAAGACUGUGUAUGAGUACCUAUUCAGCCAGCGACGAAAACGGCGAGCCCCGCUGGCCACACGCCAGGGCAAGCGGCCCAGCAAGAACCCCAAGGCCCGCUGCAGUCGGAAGGCACUGCAUGUCAACUUUAAGGACAUGGGCUGGGACGACUGGAUCAUUGCCCCUCUUGAGUAUGAGGCCUUCCACUGCGAGGGACUAUGUGAGUUCCCCUUGCGCUCCCACCUGGAGCCCACAAACCAUGCAGUCAUCCAGACCCUGAUGAACUCCAUGGACCCAGAGUCCACGCCACCCACCUGCUGUGUGCCCACCAGGCUGAGUCCUAUCAGCAUCCUCUUCAUUGACUCUGCUAACAAUGUGGUCUAUAAGCAGUAUGAGGACAUGGUUGUGGAGUCUUGUGGCUGCAGGUAGCAGCACUGGCCUCUGGGUGGUGCACCCUCAGAUGCUGGUCACAGAGCCCCUCCCUGCACGCCUGGAAUCUCAGGGGGGUUGGGAAACUAUAGAUGCUGACAGCAUCUACACAAAAUGCAUGAAAGAAGAUUCAAAAAGCUUUGCUCACUCUGAAUGGGACUUGGGCUACAAGUCCCUGCUAUAUACUAGCC